AUGCCCCUUAAGGAAGUGGCUCCCUAUUGCUUUACCCUUUCACCGGAUUCACCUCUGUGGGGGCAGAUUCAAAGGGCAUAUCGUUGGUACUCCCCCAAGUUUUCGCCACAUGAUGUUCCUCAGUUUGCCGAUGUGGGGAGUAUUACAGAAGACCCGGCUCUAAUGCGUGCGAUACGCGAUUUUCUCGUGGAUCGUUACAGGAAGUUUCCAGAACCGCCGACGCACAUACUGGGCUUUGACGCGCGUGGGUUUCUUCUUGGGCCAAUGGUAGCUGUGGAGCUUGGUGUGCCUUUUGUGCUCCUGCGAAAAGCGGGGAAGAACGCCGGCGUCCUCAUUUCCAGUGAACCCUUUGAGAAGGAAUACAAGGAAAAGAACCCAGAGGUUAUGACCGUACGCCUUGGAAGCAUUGGCAAAGGUUCACGUGUUGUUCUUGUCGAUGACGUUUUGGCCACUGGAGGGACGGCUUUGUCAGGAUUGCAGCUUGCUGAGGCGUCUGGGGCCACUGUUCUUGAGUUCUUUGCGAUUCUUGGACUUACAUUCUUGAAGGGAGCACAGCUCUCACAUUCCUACGGAAAUGGUCGCUUCAGCCAGCUCCCAUUCCUUACACUUGUGGACGAAAGUGCACUAACCGAUGCGAAUUGUGGUGAUGUGGUUGGCUACGAAGGUCCUCGGACCAUAAGCUAUCGCGAGGCGCUGAGCAGGCUCUAG